GACAAACGGGUACAGCCACCUCCAUACUGCGAGUGCUACUGGCGGCCGCGGGCAAGGAGAUCAGAAUGCGGGCUGACUCGAAAGGGAAGAUACCUCUGCUGCUUGCUGUCGAGGCGGGGAACCAGUCUAUGUGCAGAGAACUGCUGAGUCAGCAAACAGCUGAUCAGUUGAAGGCGACCACAGACAACGGCGACACCGCGUUACAUCUGGCUGCUCGGAGGAGGGAUGUGGACAUGGUGCGCAUCCUGGUGGACUACGGGGCCAAUGUGGACUCGCAAAAUUCGGAAGGGCAGACAGCUCUACACAUUGCCUCUGCUGAAGGUGAUGAAACUCUAGUCAAGUAUUUCUACGGGGUCCGUGCCAGUGCUUCCAUUAUUGAUAAUCAAGAUCGGACCCCAAUGCACCUUGCGGCAGAGAACGGCCAUGCUUCCAUCAUAGAGCUGCUGGCAGACAAGUUCAAGGCUUCCAUCUUCGAGCGGACCAAGGAUGGCAGCACGCUCAUGCAUAUAGCCUCUCUCAACGGCCAUGCUGACUGUGCCAUGAUGCUGUUCAAAAAGGGUGUCUACCUUCAUAUGCCUAACAAGAACGGUGCUCGCAGCAUACACACAGCAGCAAGGUACGGCCAUGUUGGAAUCAUUAACACUCUUCUACAAAAGGGGGAGAAAGUUGACGUCACUACUUCGGACAAUUACACCCCUUUGCACAUUGCUGUGGAGUCUUGCAAACCGGCAGUUGUGGAGACAUUGCUGGGUUAUGGGGCUGAUGUUCAUAUAAGAGGUGGCAAAAACAAGGAGACCCCGUUACACAUAGCCUCAAGAGUGAAAGACGGAGAGAAGUGUGGUUUGAUGCUGCUCAAGUCAGGAGCUGGACCUAACCUAGCCACAGAAGACGGACAGACUCCCGUACAUGUGGCGGCAAGCAACGGAAACCUGGCCACUCUGCUUCUACUCCUGGAGGAUGGCGGAGACCCUAUGUUUAAAUCCAAGAAGGGAGAGACGCCUCUACAUCUAGCAUGUGCCAACUGUCACGCUGACAUAGCCAAGCAUCUCCUAGACUUUGUGAAAGCCAAUAACAGUACAGAGGUAUCGACUGGGUUUGCAAACACCGUAAAUGAAGAUGGCGCAUCAGCGCUACACUACGCGGGACAGGUGACGAAGGCUGAGAUUGCCCACAGAGAGAAUCCACUGGAAGAUAAGGAAGUUGUGAGAUUGCUAUUGGAAGCUGGAGGAGAUGUUAACAUCCAAACACAUAAGAUGAUGGAGUCAGCCUUCCACUACAUCGCAGUGACUGGCAACAACGAUACCCUGCUGGAGAUGCUGGCCCACAUGAGCUCUACGGAGGCUCAGAAGGCUUUGAACAGACAGAAUGUGAUGGGCUGGACUCCGCUGUUAAUAGCUUGUCAUCACGGACACACAGAUAUGGUUAACACUCUGCUGGCCAAUCACGCUAGAGUGGACGUGUUCGAUAUUGAGGGGAGGUCUGCGCUGCAUCUUGCUGCAGAACAGGGCUACCAACAGGUCUGUGACGCUUUACUGACCAACAAAGCUUUCAUCAACAGCAAGUCCAGAGUUGGAAGAACGGCUCUACACUUGGCAGCCAUGAAGGGAUUUGCAAACCUCUGCAAGUUCCUGAUCCAAGACCACAACGCCAUGAUAGAUGUGUUGACACUCCGCAAGCAGACGCCUCUACACCUUGCAGCUGCGGCUGGUCAGCUGGAAGUCUGUCGCCUGCUGCUGGAGCUUGGUGCCUCCAUAGACGCUACAGACGACCAGGGACAGAAGCCUAUACAUGUGGCUGCACAGAACAACUUUCCUGAGGUCGCCCAACUAUUCCUUCAACAGCAUCCUAGCUUGGUGAUGGCCAGCACUAAGGAUGGCAACACAUGUGCCCACAUAGCAGCCAUGCAGGGUUCAGUUCGUGUGAUCGAGGAGCUGAUGAAGUUUGACCGCACGGGUGUCAUAUCCGCCCGCAACCGAGUCACAGAGGCGACUCCGCUACAACUGGCAGCCGAGGGCGGACACGCUGAUGUGGUCAAAGUGUUGGUGCGAGCUGGAGCUUCCUGUACUGACGAGAAUAAGGCCGGAUUCACCGCAGUCCAUCUUGCAGCACAGAACGGCCACGGCCAAUCAGAUCCGCCAACCGGAGCUAGUCUUGUGGGCGAACUGGGCAACGAGUCAGGGAUGACUCCAUUACACUUUGCCGCAUACUCCGGCAACGAGAACGUCGUCAGGCUGCUUCUAAACUCUGUCGGGGUGCAAGUGGACGCAGCCACCUCUGAGAAUGGCUACAACCCGUUGCAUUUGGCUUGUUUUGGUGGUCACAUCACAGUUGUGGGGCUGCUGUUGAGUAGAUCCUCGGAUCUUCUACACUCCUCUGAUAAGCACGGAAAGACAGGACUCCAUGUUGCAGCAACCCAUGGCCACUACCAGAUGGUGGAGGUGCUGCUGGGACAAGGGGCGGAGAUAAAUGCUACGGAUAAGAACGGAUGGACGGCGUUGCACUGUGCUGCCCGCGCCGGCUGUUUCGACGUAGUGAGGUUGUUGGUUGAGUCUGGUGCAUCUCCCAAGUCAGAGACCAACUACGGGUCUGCGCCAAUCUGGUUUGCUGCCUCCGAGGGUCACAAUGACGUCCUGGAGUAUCUGCUGACCAAGGAACACGACACAUACAACCUCAUGGAGGAUAGAAGGUUUGUGUAUAACCUCAUGGUGUGCAGCAAGAAGCACAAUGAUAAGCCAAUGCAGGAAUUCAUCCUUGUGUCUCCAGCACCUGUGGACACAGCAGCUAAAUUGUCAGCCAUAUAUAUACAACUGUCUAGCAAGGAAAAAGAGCGAGCCAAAGAUCUAAUUUCGGCAGGUCAGUUCUGCGAGGGGAUGGCUACAGAGUUGUUAGCUCUUGCGGCCGGCGCAGACUCUGCAGGUAGAAUACUCACAGCUACAGACCGUAGAAACAUGGAGUUUCUGGACGUACUCAUUGAGAAUGAACAGAAGGAAGUCAUCGCACAUACUGUGGUCCAGAGAUACUUGCAGGAACUGUGGCAAGGGAGUCUCGGCUGGGCAGCAUGGAAGACGAUGCUCCUCUUCAUCACGUUCAUCAUUUGUCCUCCGAUUUUAGACUUUUUAUCGUUUCAUUACCUGUUCGGUCCUUGGGCCAUCAUUAUCGGUAAUCUGAUGAAAGACUUGGCCAGGUUUCUAGCCGUGCUGGCAAUUUUCAUUUUCGGUUUCGCUAUGCAUAUCGUCGCGCUGAAUCAACCGUUCAAGAAUCAAACUCCAGAGGAGAUCAGAGCGGGGCAGCACAACCACAAGUAUGUUCCUCCAACGUACGGUUACUUCGCUGAGGUGCGACUGAACCCAAUGUCUGCCCUGGAGUUCCUGUUCUUUGCUGUAUUUGGUCAGACAACGCCAGACAACUUGAAGACAAAAGACACGACACAGCCGGAGUGGACGUUGUACUUGUUCAAAUUUGUGUUUGGUAUCUACAUGUUGGUGUCGGUGGUUGUACUCAUCAAUCUACUGAUUGCUAUGAUGAGUGACACCUACCAGAGAAUCCAGGCACAAUCUGACAUUGAAUGGAAGUAUGGUCUGGCGAAGCUGAUUCGUAAUAUGCACAGAACCACAACCACUCCUUCCCCCAUCAACCUCAUCACAACUUGGCUCAUGUAUCUCCUCAGAAUAUGUAAGCGAAGAAUGAUGCAGAGGAAGAGGCCAAGUUUGGUGCAGAUGAUGGGGCUACAGUCACGCUCUCGAGUCAGCGCAAGAUCCAAAAUGGGCGCCAAGUGGUUGGCCAAAGUCAAAAAGGGACAGGUGGCGCCGAAAGAAUCCGUGGCGUUGAGUGUGGUUCACCUCAGCCCUCUCGGAUCUCAAUUGAGUUUCAGUAACGCUGCGACAAGGAUAGAAAACAUCAUUGAUUGGGAAAUGAUCGCGAAUAAAUACCGAGCUCUUAUUGGUGAGCUGAAUGAAUCCAACCAAUCAGGGGGCGACAACGGAGAACCAGCUAAUGCUUCCGGAGACUCUACAGCUCCAGCAAUGACCAAUCAGAGCUAAAAACCAACAUGUUGCAUAGAGUAUGAAGU